GGCCACGAUCAACACUACACAUCAUCAGUUUCGCUUUGGCCGAUUCAAACUAACCAAAUCUACUCGACAAUGGCAUUCAAGUUUGUUGCUUUCGCCGCCCUCGUGGCCGCCGCUAACGCCGGUAUCAUUGCGCAAGCCCCUCUGACUUACGCCGCCGCCGCUCCGGUGGCCGUAGCGCCAGUCGCCAAAGCAGUAGUGGCUAAAGCCGUUGAUGCCGACUACGACCCGCACCCUCAAUACAGCUACGCAUACGAUGUACACGACAGUCUGACCGGUGACGCCAAGAGCCAACACGAAACCCGCGACGGCGACCUCGUCCAGGGUAGCUACUCCCUCUUGGAAUCUGACGGAACCAGGCGCACUGUCGACUACACCGCUGACCCGGUCAACGGAUUCAACGCCGUAGUACGCAAGGAACCCGCCGCCGUCGCCGCCGCCCCGGUCGCCGCUGCUCCCGUUGCCCACGUCGCGCACGCUGCACCACUCGCCUACGCCGCCCCCGUUGCCAAGCUCGCCGCCCCCGUUGCCAAAUUGGCGACUCCUCUCGCCUACGCCAGCUACGCCGCUCCAGUUGCCAAGCUGGCCACCCCCCUGACCUAUGCCGCCCCCGUGGCUAAGUUGGCUGCUCCCGCUUACGCGGCGGCACCCGCUUACGCGGCGGCACCCGCUUACGCGGCGGCUCCCGCUUACGCGGCGGCUCCCGCCUAUGCAACCGCUCAUCUCGCUGCUGCUCACGUCGCCGCGCCCGUAGCGUACGCCGCGCACGCAGCUCCCAUCGCUAAAUUCGCCGCAGCACCCGCUGCCAUCUCCUACGCCUCUCCCUACGCCGCUCACUACGCCUCUCCCUACGCCGCUCAUUACGCCUCUCCCUACGCCGCUCCAGCUGCCUACAUCCACUGAUCGCGUUGAACGCACCAGCUCAUGUUGUCGACUCAGGCCGAACUUUUAUUUAUUUUUAUACCAUGUAUGUUUCUUUGUCUCUGUGUGACUGAUUAAAAGAAUUAUAUACGUAUA